GCAGCCUGGCAAAGAGAUGCUCUAAUCCUAAGUGCUCUGGAGGCUGAGGCAGGACUGCUGUAUGUUCAAAGCCAGCCUGGGAUACCAGCUGAAAAUAAGUAUGCAGGAGGAAACCCAGUCUGUGUGCGCCCAACUCCCAAGUGGCAAAAAGGCAUCGGGGAAUUCUUCAGGCUGUCUCCUAAAGAUUCUAAGAAAGAGAACCAGAUUCCUGUAGAAGCAGGAAGCAGUGGCUUAGGAAAAACAAAGAGAAAAGCGUGUCCUUUGCAACCUGAUCACAGAGAUGAUGAAAAUGAAUAGAACUUACUCAUCUGAUAAUGUCUUCAGUUUCCUUACAUAUUCUAGGAUGUAAAUUUGGUUAAACAAGUUUGUCCAGUUGGGUUGUUAAUGAAAAAUAAUGAGGCUAGAAUUUAGCCAUUCAAAAGAAGCCAGCUAUAAAAGAGGAGAAUUUUCAUAGUUUGUAAGUUUGAAUUGCAUACUUGAAUUUAUGUCAUAUGGUUCUUCUUUUACCUGUUAAGCUUCUUCCUAAGAUCAACAUUACCUGGUGCUGUAAUUACUAACCUACUGUCUUUGUUUAGAUCUUUGUACUGACGCCAUUUUAUGGGCAUUGAUUAUGGAAAUAGUGCCAAAUAAAUGGCAUGUUUGCUUUAAAACUCUGACAGUCUUUUUUACAUUAAAAAUUCCAAUAUUAAGUAUUAUCUCUUGUCAUUUAUCAGAAUGGGUGGGGGAGGCAGAGAUAAAAUGCUGCAGAACUAGUUGUAUAUCUUUUAAAGAAAACGUUAGCUGGAUGUGGUGUUGCACACCCGUGGUCUCAGCACCCAGGAGGCAAAGCCAGGUGGACCCCUGAGUCUCAGGCUAUAGCGGGAGUUCCAGGUCAGCCAGGCCUACACAGAGAAGCUCUGUUUUGAAAACACAAACAGAAAGAAAAGAAAAAGUUAAAGAACAUUUUGUCUUGAGGACUUAACUUGUUGGUAAUCAAGAGGUAAAGUACUAACAGGAUCAGGGAAAAUGACUCCAUCGAUACAUUACAAGAGGAAACGUUGCACAUACAUUCAGUUCAGUAUCAUAAAAUAGCACU